UUAAGGAGAGAGAGAGUCACACGUGGAGGGAGUGGAGGCCUUCUCCAGACUUCGGAGUUCAGAUGAUGGUAGUCUAGUAGAAUAGUUCUCUCCCAGCCUUUGCUUCAGCUCGUGCAUUGCCGUGUCUUACGAUCAGGGGACGUAAACAUGGUGUUCACCAGCUGAUAGGCCGUUGUAGUUGAUGUUAUCGCGCGCGACUUACAGUAGAGCGUUUUUUGUUAGUUGCGACAUUCUCGCAGCUAUCUAGUGGCAGAAUGUCGAAGCUAGAACAGGAAGUGAAUCCGUUGAGGCCAGCGACAAGAGAUGAACGAGGCUUCUUCCAGGCGAAUCUCAGGAAUCAGAGCCUUUCAGCGGCCCAAGACAAAGCUCGCAAAAAUGAAUCUGACUGUGCUGAGACAAAGCAGUCGAAAAAAAAGAAGAAAAUCGAAAACGAUUGUCUGAACCUCAAAAGAACACUUCUGAUGCGCUCCAGUCCAAAAAUGGUCAUUUUGAAAUCGGCUGAGGAUUUGUGUGGCAAAGGAUUUCCCACCAGAUGCCCGAAAGUGCCCACUACUUCUUGUGAUCCGAAAUUUUUGACUACUGGUUCAUUUGCAGGACUCUUUCUCACUUGUUCACUUGGUGCAGUAAUUGUCAUCAUAGCUUCAAUAUCUUUCAUUUGGACCCCAUUUGAAAUAUUGAUGAAUGAAAGAUUGAGAAUGGUCCGAGGAUUACCUGCAUAUGAAUGGUGGCUGAAUCCUCCAGAUGAAGUAUUGCUCAGGGUUUAUCUAUUCAAUAUAACCAACUCUGAAAAAUUUCUAAAUGGAACAGAGAAAAAGUUGAAAUUGGAGGAAAUCGGACCUUACAUUUUCAGAGAAAAGCUGACGCAUUCGAAUGUACAGUUUUUUGAGAAUGGAACCAUGACUUACCGUUCUCAUAGGACGGCGAUUUUCCUACCUGAAAUGAAUCAUUUGUCUUUGAACGCAACAAUAAUUGUACCAAAUUUAGCUGUAUUAGGUAUGUCUUCCUAUCUGUGGGACUCUUCAUUUGUGACAAAAAUUGCAUUCAAUCUAUUGUUGAAUAGACUGGAUUCUCAACCGAUUGUGGCAUCAACAGUAAACAACUAUUUUUGGAAUUUCACAGAUCCAUUAGUAAAAGUUGCCAAAACAUUAGCUCCUCACCUAGUACCAGUAGAAAAUAUGGGCAUCCUACAGCAGAUUUAUCAUAAGUUUUCUGAUGAUGUAACCGUAUAUUUCGGACCUGGAAAUGGAAGACGAUUCUUUACUAUAGACAAAUUCAACGGCCAAUCAAGGCUCGGCUACUGGCCGAACGAGACUUGUGACACAAUUCAAGGAUCAACUGAAGGUGUCACUUAUCAUCAGGGAAUCAAGAGAGACGAUGUUCUGAAAUACUUGCGCAAAACGAUUUGCAGAGUAACUCCUCUUCAUUAUACCAGAGAUGUUCAAAAGCUGGGAAUGAAAGCAUACCAGUUCGAUCUGCCAGCGGAUGUUUAUAUGCAGCCGACUGAUGGAAUAACUGAGCAGUGCUUCAAUCAUCCUGGAAGUCCAGAUCUCCCUUCCGGAGUUAUCGAUGCGUCACCGUGUAAUUAUGAUUUUCCGGUUGGCGUAUCAUUUCCACACUUUAUGAAUGCUGAUAAGGUUGUGCAUCAAAAGCUGGAGGGUUUAAAUGCCAGUCCAGAAAAGCAUAGUUCCUUUGUAAUUGUAGAACCGACUACUGGAAUUCCAAUGGAAUCACGAGCUCGUAGUCAAUCAAAUGUAAUAAUGAGGUCAGUUUCUGGAAUUCCUCGUGUGAAAAGAUUCAGCGAUAUGUUUAUUCCAAUGUUUUGGGCAGAAUAUAAUCAAGUGGGCCUGCCCUGGUACAUUACGGCGCUCAUGUAUUCCACUGUGAUAAUCCUACCUGCUUCGCAGUUCUACAUAUCAAUUAGUUUUCUUCUUUUAGGACUCUCAAUUACUAGUCUAGCACUAGUUCGUAUAUUUAAGUUAAGUAAAUCAAAUAAUAAAACGCUUUGCUCCUAUAGCUCCUUAGAUCUUCUCCCACCAACACCUUCGACGGCUUCAGAAUGCUGAUAUUUGAUUCAAGAUUCACUCUGUGAAAACUAUUUCAGAGAGAACUCGUAUUUUGAUGUGCUCAUUCACAGGAUAUCUCAAUCUCUAAUAACCAAUAUUCUUAGUAACCAAGAAUGUUCGUAUAAUGAACUGAGACGAGUACUUACUCAGAAAAUAUGGGCUAUCAGAGUCACCCAUCCGUUGUAUUACGUGGAGAUGGUCUGAAAAGUAAAUUUGCAAUAAUUCAACGUAAAAAGUGUCUUUUAGUCUCUACUUUUUUAUAGAUUUGCAUAUCUGCAAUAGACUGUUAGUUGAAUGAAGGACACCUAAAACGCCCUACUUUAAUUUUUCUUUCCAAGAGAGGGUAAAUUAAUGUAGUUGUAUCCUCUGUCAAAUCGAUAAGCUUGCUAGGUUAUGAUUUAUCUUUGAUUCAGGAUUGAAUCGCAAUCUCAAAGUACCAAGAACAAGCUCAGUCUAUAAUUUUGAUAUCAAAUCACAUAAUUUCAUCAAUAAACUACACAUCGACUUCCAAUUGUUAUUGGAAUAAUUUUAAGGAAUUGUGUAUCCUACCUACUGGACUCAUUCAAAUUUUUACUUAAGCUAAGGAAAUGUAUCUAUAGUAUUAUAACUAUCAUCAUCCAAAUAAUAAAUAACGAAAGCUCGACAUUAAAUAUAAUUUUAUAAGUCAUCAAUUUUUUCAUUAGUUUAUGCAUUUGUAUUUAUUCAAUGCUUGUAUUAUUAGGGAUUAUAUUCAUUCCUCUCCGAUCAUAAUAAUGUAAUAAUUGUAAAUUUGUUAUAUUCCCUACUUGAAAUAUUGUUGCAUUUGUGCAAUAAUUUCGUGUGAAUGUUUGUUUAUUGUUAAGCGUGUGAGAAUCUUGAAUGAUUGAGAAUUAUUUAUGAUUAUGGAAAAUUUGUUAUGUUGCUGUACGUCCAAAAUAUUCAUAGCUCAUUUAUCAUGACCAUUGUAUAAGUUUCCUAAUGAAAAAUUACUAAUUUUAAUAAAAACAAUAUUUAAACAUUACCUUGUUACAACCAGGUAAACAUUUACCUGAAAUUUCCUCAUUGCAGAUUUUGCAAACUUUUCAGACUAAACAUUUUGAUAGUGGAAAAUUCUCUGAUCAUAAUUUGAUACUAUUUAUUAUUGUUUAUAACCAUUUUCCAUUUAGAACUUUUAUUACUUUUGGGGUUUUCCAAAUUACAUCAAUUUCCAAAAAACAUCUAUAGAAAAAUAUAUUUUCAAAGUUACAAUAAACCCGUAUUAACCUGAAAUCAGUUAAUGAUCAUUGUGCUUUAUAAAGCCACACUUUUUAUAAAAAUAAUAAGACUGUAUUUGUAAAAUUAUGAACCUUACCAUUCUAUAACGUUACGUAUAAGUUAUCACUUAUUAAAAUUUACACUAUGAACAGAAAUGUUAUGGAAUUUCUCCAUAUUAUUAAGGUGAACAUAUGACAAUAUCGCUUUCUUCACCUUAUCACCCAUUAUGUUAUAAGUUCUACAACUAGGUAAAGUUGUUUACGCGCUACUAUCAAUUCAUUGUUUUCGUUUAUUUUCUAAAUUCGUGAACUUUAUCAAACUCUUGAGUAUAUCUAUCAUUCGGAAACUUAUAAUUUUCAUUGCUUCACAUUCAGUCCCUAAAGAUAAUAAGUUAUCUGAAACUAAGAUUUGAAGAUAUUUCUUCAAUAAAGAACCAAAGAAUCAUAUAUCACAAUAAUUUAUCAUAACCUUGUUAUUUAAUAUAGCAACUAAGGUUAAUAAUAUUUUGGGUUCUGUUCAGUUGUUAAAUAAUUCUUGUAUAUUUCUAUGAUAUCGAUUUGUUGAUUUGAAAAUCACGGGGAUGUGUCAAUUUUCCACUUUAUUCAGUGACUAUAAAUUCUGAUAUCAAUAUCAAAUCACAUUGAAUGAUUGUAAUAUUCUAUUACUUAUAAUUAUCUUGAGUAUAACCCAAAAAAAGGUUUUGACUCUUUGCCCAACCUUUCUUGCAAAUUAUUGUGAAUAUCUUUCAAAACCUUGAGGAAUUUGGCAUUGUUUUUAUCUACAUUAAACAGUUCUGUAAAAUUCGAACAGAAUUUCCUUUAUGACAUUGUUUGCAAUACCGUAUUAUUAUCCUAAUUCAUUAUAAUCCGCGUCCAUUGCUGUUAUACUGUGGAAAAUUCCAAAAACUGGUUGGAAUCAUCAAUAAAAUUAUUAUUGGAACACACAAAUAAUUAUUAUUACAUCGAAUUUUCUCGCUUGGAAAAUUAGAAUGUCCUUGAAGUUUUUGUAUUUUUUCUACUUUAUUCAGUUUUAUUCUGUGAUGAAAUCAUCAUUACCUAUCAGGUUGAUCAAAAUAUGCCUUAUAGUUUUUAUAAACAUCAUCGAAUUCAACAGUUUCUACUAGAUACUGUAUUUGUAUGUCAGUGUAAUCUUAGAAUAACUUCUUAUAAUAAAUGAAUGAAUUAAAUAUGUUAUUAAAUA